AUGUCUGGCUAUGCUCUGGUCAGUCAAAUAUGCAGUUUACAACCGUUCAGAUGCUUGACGCUGCAGAAGAAAUUGCUGAUGCUCAUAACUAUCCCAAAUAUCAGAAUCAUGACAGUGUAUGAGAAGACAUCGGCCACUCCUCUUGCUGAUCUGCUAAAGAUCCAACAGAACUGGACCAGACCUGAUAAUUCUAGCGUUGGUGGUCCAGCCUGGGCAUAUUUUUCUGCUGUGUGUUGGUUAUUUGGUAAAGCUAUACAUAAAGAACUUGGCUACCCCAUUGGGUUAGUGGCUACAGACUGGGGCGGCACUCCUGUAGAGGCAUGGUCAUCCCCUGAAGCUCUUGCUGAAUGUGGCGUCCAUAGUACAACUAGAAGCAAGCAGCCAGCUUCAUUUUUAGAGUAUGUGAACAAGCUUCCACUUGAGUCAAGAAAACGUCUCCUAGGACCUGAUAAUAAUUCUGCUUUAUGGAAUGCCAUGAUCUACCCAUUUUUAAACAUGACAAUAUAUGGUGCUAUUUGGUAUCAAGGUGAAGCUGAUGCUGAUGGAGAUAAAAUGAAUAGAUAUAACUGCACAUUCCCUACAAUGAUAAAAGACUGGAGAAAGAAUUUUCAUCAUUCUUCUGAAAGACAAACAAAUGCCACAUUCCCAUUUGGAUUUGUACAGCUGGCGCCUAAUUCUCCAAACAAGAAUAUAACAGUUGGGUUUCCAGAUGUUCGUUGGCAUCAGACUGCUGAUCGUGGCUAUGUUCCAAAUUCGGUCAUGGAGAAUGUCUUCAUGGCUGUGGCAAUAGAUUUGCCAGAUUUCAACUCCACUUAUGGCUCUGUUCACCCUCGUGAUAAAAAAGAUGUCGGAGAGCGGUUAAGACUCAGUGGACUUGCUGUUGCAUACGGGAAGUCAGAAGUCUUUCAGGGCCCAUUUCCUGCACGAGGGGCUGUGACUUCACAGGGCCUGACAUUUCUGUAUGGUGAAAAAUGGAACCUAGAAGUUAGGAGUACUGAAGGCUUUGAGUUGCAGUGUGCCAACAAUGAAUGGGUUCCUGCCCCGGUGAUUGGAAACGAUAACACAACAGUCACUGUCCGGUUUAAUGUAUGUCCUCAGGGAGAGGACAUAAAAGGGAUACGCUAUGAGUGGAGAGAAUCACCUUGUGAGUUUAAGAAGUGUGCUGUUUAUGAAACAGUGAAUGGUCUACCAGGUCCACCAUUUAUUAUUGGAGACAGUGAAAUUAUCGAUGGAAAACAGUGGUUUAAGUUUGGUGGUCCUGUGCAGCUUUAA